GUACCAUUGGAGGGGUGACCCCAACCUUGGAAACCCGCAGCCUUCACGAAGACUCACUCAGGCCAGGCAGUUGUGAUCGGCGCACCGCAAUACACUCUACAAAGAAAGCACCGGCUCUCCACUGCAGUUCGUUCACUCCAUAUUCGCGCACUUGCAGGUUUGAAAAAUGGCCCACCGAGCAGCCGUUUUAAUCACGAUCGCCGCACUCAUGGUUGUGGUUACGACUCAGGUGCCUUCCCUGGGUCCUUGCCCUGAAAUGAAAACAAUGGCCAACUUUAGCAUCAGCAAGUAUUUGGGACGGUGGUACCAAGCCGAGCGAUACAUUUCGUUGUUCGAGUUCGCGUCCAAAUGCGUGACAUCGAAUUACACAGACGCUGGCGACAGCAGAUUCUCGGUUGUCAACAAGCAGACGAGCUCCUUGACUGGAAUCCAAACUGUGAUCGAUGGAGACCUCCACGUCAUGGGACGAUCAGAUGAGAGCAAAAUGACCAUCAGCUUCCCCUCCAUCCCCAUGCCAAUGAACCUUCCCUACUGGAUAAUGGAUACUGACUAUGACAACUAUGCCGUCGUCUGGUCCUGUACAAACUUUGGAAUCUUCAGUGCCCGCAACGCUUGGAUUCUGACGAGGUCACCGAACGCCUCUUUGGAGGUGAUGCAAAAUGCGUACAACGUGAUCGACCGAAACCACAUCAGCCGGGCCUAUUUCAUAAGGACGGACCAGAAGAACUGCAACAAGAGCUCCCGCCGCCACUAAUUUCCUCCUCUACGGGAAUCUUUGGUCAAAUUUAAUUUAUUUAUAUAUGAAUGAACUCUGAAAGUGUGAUUGAGUGCCUGCCUAAUUUGGUAAACCAGCAACAAAAUUGCUGACUAUGUAGUUGAUGUGAGAAUCUGUAAUUAUAUAUAUUUAUUUCCGUCUCUCUCUAAGGUUACAAGAGUAAAACUUUGUAAAUAAUAAAGGCGUCUUUUGUAAAAAGCUGUUCUGG